AUGCUACAGAUUCCUUGUAACUCUAGUGGUUAUCGUAUAAUGUUAAUGAAUGGUUUAUUUCGAAAGUCAUCACAACCUAUUCGUUAUGCCGUUUACCUCAUUUGGGUUCAAUUUUACCUCAUAUUCUUACUUACUACAAUGUCUCAAUACGUCUAUCGCUUUUUUAUCUUAUGUCGAAAUGGAGUAUUUUCUGCUAAAAUUAUCCUACCCUUAAUUAUCGGCGAAACAUGUUUAUUUUUUACACACGCAUUUUUAAUCACCUGGGCUGACUAUCCACGGGAAGAACUUUUUUAUAAAAUGAAUGAGAUACGAAUAAAAAUUUUUGAAGAAUCAGGGAUAUCUGAUAUUGAAUUUAUUUCUUUUGUUCAUGCGGUAAUCUUUUAA